AUGGAGGCACUGGGUGCCUUGUCACUAGCCUGCAACAUCCUGCAGCUUGUAGACACCGGCUUGAAGGUUACGGCAGCACUCAAGCAGAUUCGCGAUGAGCACAAACCCGAUGCUAGCGUGACGGCUAACGCGACGACCCUUCGGGAGCUGUCGCACGAGAUCGACCAGUCCCUCAAGGCACAGAGCUCGCAAGGUCCUCCGGGCAAUACGAACCUCUUAGCACGGGCUCGAGACAUGACCACAGUCUCGCAACAGCUCGAAAAGCUCCUUCACAGAUUUUCAAGCGGUCAAAAGUCCAGGAUUCGAGAUGUAAUCAAAUAUUACUCCGUCAAAGGCGACAUCCAGUCCCAAGAGAAACGCCUACGUGAGACUCAACAAGCCCUGCAGAGUACGAUUUUAGUAGAGCUACGGGACAUCGUCAACAAAGAAUGGGCUACCAUAAGCAAAGAGCUUCCUUCGCUAAAGUCGGAGUUACAGUCCCUAGUCACAGAGCUUCGCAAAGGCAACACGACUGUAUCCGGCCUCACAGACCAGAUGAAUGAGGCUCUCCAUCAGACCCUGGCGGCUAUUACAUUCGGCACGGAGCAGGCGACCAAAGCUACGACUGAUAUCAGUAAGAGAUUGGACGAUAAUAGCAGAGAACCCGUGCGAAGUCUACAGAGCCGAGAAGAAAGAGCCGCUAUGGAAGACGUGCUGAACAGUCUCUACUUCACAUCAAUGAACGCUCGACGCAAUAUGAGCUCACUUGAGCACGCUCAUGGCACAUUUGAUUGGGUAUUUGAAAGACAAUGCCGAGACGAGCAUCACAGGACAAUUGGUGUAAACAGUUGCGCGGAAUGUUCGGCAAAGUUCGGUCAAUUGCAUCAUUGGCUUAUGACCGAAGAUCAACGUAUUUUCUGGAUCAGCGGCAAUGCAGGAACAGGAAAAAGCACCCUAAUCCAGUACCUACUCCGGAACAUACAUAACAUUGCGCUCUCAGGUUCUUCCAAUGUGGACACAGAACAACCUCUUGUACUCUCGGCCUUCAUUUGGGCUGCCGGCGAUGAGAUGCAACGGUCUAUCAAGGGGCUACUUUGUACAUUGCUCCACCAAUGUUUGACUCACGACCUGACCCUGGCAGCCACUAUAUCGCAAACAUUGUCCUUCUCAAGGAAGAAGACGCCAUUCGAUUGGAGUGAAAGAGAGCUUCGGCAGGCGCUCGAAUCUGUCCUCCAUCGAAGAGCGAAGUCUACAUACAUCUUUGUGGACGGCCUUGAUGAGAUCUCGCAAAGAGAUGGCAGCGCCGCAAGAGUGGUCAGCAUCCUUAGCUCACUCCAAGAACACCAAAGGCUGAAAGUUUGCGUCUCGAGUCGUCCAGAGCCUUUCUUCGAGAGGUCGUUCCAGCAAUAUCCCCAUCUGCGACUCCAGAUUCUUACUUAUGGCGACAUACUUCAGUAUGUGAGCAAUAGUUUGGAGACAGAACUGCUGUCUUUGCCGCCUACGAAUCUCCUUCAAGACUGCUCCUCCUCCGUGAUAGAACACAUCGCUCAGAAUGCUCAGGGGUCCUUCCUGUGGGUCGAACUUGUCAUACGGAGUCUCAAGGAAGGUUUCACAAACUACGAUACCUGGGAUCUCUUAUGGGUCAGGAUCGCAGAAAUGCCCGAUGAUCUCGAGACGCUCUACGAGUCCAUGCUGCAACGACGAGGAAGCGGUACAAACCUGUACCACGAUUCGGCGGGAAUCUUCUUUAAAUUGCUACUUGGCCCUGAGGACUUUCAAAUGAACACACUAUUGAGUUUGGCUUUAUACACGCAGCAUGAUUUACGCGCGCAGCUCCUCGAGCUUGGUAGACAGGAGCGCCUGGAGCGAAGUCCGGCAGUACACGAAGCUAAGCGUGUAGUACGAGAACAACUGCGCGCUCAAUGCGCUGGUCUCCUUGAACUCCCGAGACUAGUCAUGCCCGGGGAAGACACAUCGUCGGAAGACACAUCGUUUGAGACUCGCUACGGGUUGGUGACCUUCAUACACCGUACGGCGCGGGAUUUCAUGCUAGAUCAAGGGCGGCGUUUGUGGCAGCAUGUGGAUCUAGACUGGGAAGCCUGCAUCGACACGCAGUACCUGGCCUGGUCGAGUGAUAUCGCCUCAAUGGAGCUUUGGGCUCCAUUGACGACAUAUGAUUGCUGGGACGUCGCACUUCUAGAUUGGUGCAAAAAGUCCGCUGACUUCGUGUGCAGCGAGAGCGUUGACAGGCCCCUUGAACACUUGAGCCAGAUUAUGCGUUCUAAGUCACAUUGGUGCAACGACCAACGAAACCCCGCGAUAAUGGCAGCAUACAUCAACAUUGAGCCACCUCGACACUGGAUCGACACAUGGAGACCUACGGGUAUGUCUGGAGAAAUAUUCCUCAAUCAGCUUCUGCUCUGUGCGGCAGAGAAAGGUUGUGAUGAGCUCAGCUUGUGGCUCCUAGAUCAAGGUGCCGACCCUUUCUGGCGCGAUAUCGAUGAGGCGCGUGGCAGCAAUUGGCCCACGGCUUUCCAGUGCAUCGUUUCUAUAGCACCAACGCGGUAUCAGGAAGAUAUUGAUGACAGGGAGGAAGAGAUCAAUCACAGAGAGGAAGAGAGCGAGUACUGGAAGCUCCUGUACAGCAUAUUGCGGCAUCAAAACCUCAAACUUGACGACGAGGUCGUGGUGGUAUGGUCCAUGUUACGGUCUACUCGCCACGACAGGGCACUCGGGUUCUAUUUGGAAGGCUCUCCAUUCCUCAACAAGAAUUCCUGCUCGAUCAUGACACCACAGCAGGCAGGGCCCAUGUCAAAAUACAACUCGCGUCUCUGGAACGUCUCACGGAUGAGCUCGAGUGGUCUCCUGAGGUUGGUGCUAUGCAUGCUCGAGUCCGACGAGGACCAAGAUCCCCGACCCUGUCAGUUGCAGCUAGAUGUUCGGGACAUAUUGCACAAAAGAGCAUCUCCAGGCAUCGACAUCCGAAGCCUUGGGUGGUGCGAGGUUUACAGAAGUUCCCCCGAGUAUACUGGUGGAAAGGUUGAGCAAGGAGCCGAGCUGAGCGAAUGCAUCAGCUAUGAGAAGCCACCUUCCUCUGAGAGAUUACUGCAAGAUCUCAAAAGUUUGUGGGAAAAGUGUCGAGUAGUAGCUUUCGCAGCUGAUGGGCCUCAGUCUCUGACUAUGGGAGACGGUUGGGGGCCUGAAACUCUGGAGAUGGAGAGCGGCGAGGGUUCUGUAGAGCUUGAAAAGAUGAACGGACAGGAGACCAUGGAGUGGCUCAUAGCAAGUGGUCUGCCAGAGGACAGAAGAGACCGAUGGUGGGAAUGGACAAUGUAG